UGAGGAUAUAUCAGUACCUGGAGGGGUCUCAUUGAGAAGAAGGCCUAUAAGAAAAGCUAGUUGGAAAUACUUCCUCUUGAACCUGUUUCUUAACUUUCUUACUAUAGAUAGGUUGCUAUAUAGACAGCCUAUAUUUUUUAACUUACUGUAUAUAAAAGUUUGUAUUGCCAUUGGAUAGGAAGUCUUGCUUUCAAUAGGAUAAGAAGCUUCUUUGACUUCCUAUAGCAUCUAGAUCACUUCAAGCUGUUCGUCUAGAUUGAGAGAUCUCAGGUUCAGGUUCUCUGAGGGACCCAUGGGCCCCCUUUACCUUGUUUUCUGCACAAGUGCUGGGUGAGUGCCAUCAGACCAAAACCUAACACAUCUUUAGGUUGAAAUAUGAACUAAACCGCAGCUUCGUCAGGAUGAAGUGAUGAGGUGGCAGCAGUGUGUGUGUUCCUGCCGUUACUCAUUUUAAGGAUCUAAACAGGAUACCUGAAGCCAGUUUACUUUCCAGGCUCAAGUUAAGUCACUGGCUUGGACAAGGUCGCAGCUGUCAUCUGGGUGGACAGCGCUGCAGGGUGCCCGCAGUGCUGUCCUGGCCGGGCAAAGCCUGGAGUGAAGAGCGGUGGCUCCUCCGAUCCGCGUUGCCUCGAGGGGGCGGGGCUUCCGGCUGGCUCUGACCGGCUUCCGGCGGGAGGUGGGGCGGCGCUGCUGCUGCUCGCGGGCUUCUGGGUGGAGGGGAUUCAGACGCAGCGUCUGGUGUAUCUCUCUUUCCCGAUCUUCCACAGUCUGCGGCUCUUUUCUCCACGGCGCACCCGCCUCAGCGGUUCAGCCCUGAGCUGGCUGGCGGACGGGCGUGGAUCCAAGCGGUGGGAGCAGUCUGCGAAGUCAGGAUAGGAAAGCAACACAAAGGAGGCGACGCCCCAGCCCGGUCGUCAGGAAUAAGUGGCGUGCCCGGUGGUGUGGACGGUGCGGGGACACUGUACUAAGUGCCUUAUCUGCAUUGUCAUUGAAUCUUCAUAGCAAUCGAUUGUCAUGGGUACUGGUCCUCUCCCCGGAUUGUAGAUGAGGAAACUGAGGCUCCAGUAACUUUGCUUUAGUCAGUAAAUGGUAAGAGUCAGAAAAUGAGUUCCCAAGCGUAGACUCGGCCAUACCGCUGCUCUGCCUUGCUAAUGACAGUCUACCUGUAAGCGACAUUUUUGACUCAAUGUCCUUUGAACACCUUUUGUGCUCAGCUCUGUAUUCGUGGGCCCUCCAGAGGGGGUACAGGCAGGCAGAGAGCUCCGUCCCUACUUUUUAGGUUGCAUACAUCUGAACUGGUCGACUGCAGAUGCAAAUCAGAGUGCUCCUGUGAGUGUGGUACAGGUUGUUGAGAUGAAGGCAAGAUGGCAAUCAGCUGAAGUUACUGAAUAAGUCGGGAAGGAGGCUGAUUUCAGCUGGCUGGGAUUGGGAAGAUCAAUGCGAGGACAUUCCAAGUCGUAAACAGCCGAGGCAAAGACUCACAGGAUCCUUCUUACAGUUCUCCAUGAUGCCUCAGAGAGCUGGAAAUGAUCCACCUGGUGUUUCAAAUGUGAAUGAAAUGGAAAUGGAGAUAAGUAACAUGAGAGAAAAGUUUCUUAUGAGUGUAACAAAGUUAGUAGAAAGCAAAAGUUACAACAGCAAGGUAUUUUCCAAAGAAAAGUACUUUCAAACAAUAAAGGAAGUUAAAGAAGCUAAAGAAAAAGGGAAGAAGUCAUCACGUGAUUAUCGCCGUGCAGCAAAAUAUGACGUGAUCUCUGUACAGGGCACAGAGAAACUGAUAGAGGCUACUCAUGGAGAACGUGAUCGAAUACGGUAUUAUGUACAUAAAGAAGAGUUGUUUGAUAUUCUUCAUGAUACACAUCUCAGUAUUGGACAUGGUGGGCGGACACGCAUGCUCAAGGAGCUGCAAGGAAAAUAUGGGAAUGUCACCAAAGAAGUUAUUGUCUUAUAUCUGACUCUGUGUAAACAGUGCCACCAGAAGAACCCAGUACUCAAGAAAGGUCUUCCGCCCAAGCCCAUGACUUUUAAGGACAUUGACUCCACAUGCCAAGUUGAAAUACUUGACAUGCAGUCAAGUGCCGAUGGUGAGUUCAAGUUCGUUUUAUACUACCAGGACCACUUGACCAAGUUUAUUAUUUUACGGCCAUUAAGAACCAAACAGGCCCGUGAGGUGGUCAGGGUCUUGUUAGAUAUUUUCACAAUUCUUGGUACACCUAGUGUGUUAGACUCUGACAGUGGCGUUGAGUUCACAGACCAGGUUGUUCAGGAGCUCAGUGAGCUGUGGCCAGACCUAAAGAUUGUGUCUGGUAAGUACCACCCUGGCCAAAGCCAAGGCUCCCUGGAAGGAGCAAGCCGUGAUGUGAAGAACAUGAUAAGUACCUGGAUGCAGAGUAACCACUCAUGUCACUGGGCCAGAGGCCUCCGAUUCAUGCAGAUGGUGAGGAAUCAGGCUUUCGAUGUUUCCUUGCAGCAAAGUCCAUUUGAGGCAAUGUUUGGUUGUAAAGCCAAAUUUGGGCUAUAUUCCUCAAACUUGCCCCGGGAAACUGUGGCUACUUUACAAACAGAAGAAGAGCUAGAAAUUGCUGAAGAACAGCUAGAAAAUAGCCUUUGGAUCAGGCAGGAAGAAAGAGUUGAGAUUGGAGCAGACAGAUCUGAUAUGGAUGAUGACAUGGAUCCCACUCCUGAAGCUACAGAACCCAGCACCUCACAAGGGGCUUCCGGUCUCCACUGCUGGUGAACAGAUGGCUGCUGGGUGGACAGUCACAGGUGUCUCUCUCAGCAUAGUCAUCUGAGAACUGUUGCCAGAGGCCCUGGGGGAAUGGAUUGAAGGCUGCACUCUCAGGUCAAGUUGUACAUGGUAGUCCUUGUUCAAAAAGGGAAAAGUUUGGGUCUGUGUAUUUAUUCUUAGGGCUACCAUAAAAAAUUACCACAAUCUGGCCGGGCGCAGGACUCAUGCCUGUAAUUGCAGCACUUUGGGAGGCCGAGGUGGGCAGAUCACUUGAGGUCAGGAGUUCAAGACUAGCCUGGCCAACAUGGUAAAACCCUGUCUCUACUAGAAAUACAGAAAUUAGCCAGGCUUGGAGGCGUGUGCCUGUCAUCCCAGCUAACCGGGAGGCUGAGGCAGGAGAAUCACUUGAACCCAGGAAGCAGAGGUUGCAGUGGGCCGAGACCAUGCCACUGCACUGCAGCCUGGGUGACAAAGCAAGACUCUGUCUCAAAAAAAAAAAAAAAAAA